CGUUGCAUAUCAGAACACUGAAACCUGAGAGAAAAAUGACACAUUGCCUCCGCUGAAGCACCCUCCUGGGAUUUCGGAGCCUCUCUCGUUCUCCUUUUCACACCCCCCAAUCUCACGAUACCAUUACCGAAAACCCACUCUCUCCCUUUUCUCUCUCAUCGCCACCACACCAACAGAGAAAAGAAAAAACCUCUUCUUCCUUCUUCUCUCCUAAUCCUCUCUUUAAUUAAUUUGCCUUCUCCUUUUCUCCGAAAACUUGGUUUCCCGAUUCGGGGUUGCCGUUUUAUUGUUAUUUUCCGGCACCGGUCAUGUCGUCCGGCGGCCCUACCAGCUCCUGCAAUACAAGCCCAAGGAUCGCCGGCCCCACCUUGCCUAGACGACGCGUCGCAGACAAUAUUGCCGACCCUGAGAAACAGUCUGGCUAUUCUGAUUACUCCGACGUUGGUGAAGACGACUCUAAUGAAUCUGGUGCCGGUGGCGGGUCCCAACUCCACCACUAUCACGCCCAACGCCAUCACGUCAUCAGGUACAUCCUGCUUCGCACGCGGAUGCUCUUCUGUUUACCGGUGCGCCUCCUCCACUGCAUUGAGCAAUUCUAUAUCUGGGCAUCCAUGGUGGUUGCGUCGAUGAGAUCGGGGAAGAAUAUAAGUCGUAGAGUUUUAUGGAUGUUGACGUUGAUGUUGGUUAUGACGGCUUUUUUGAAGGCCGCGUUUCUAGGAGUUGCCUCGGAGGUUAAUAGGAGGAGCUUAGAAAAUGGUCAAUUGAUGUUGCAGAGGUUCAAGCAGGAUUGGGCAUCGGCUCAGAGGGCCGUCACUGAGAGAGAAACCUCCUUGCCCAAGCAUGUCCCUGAGAGAUUACUCACUGAGGAAAUAUGGAUGAAGCCCGACACUGGCAACUAUUAUAAAUGCAUCUCUCGACCCAGGAGGCGAAUAAGGGCAGAUACAAAGACAAAUGGCUAUCUGCUUGUUCAUGCUAACGGCGGGUUAAAUCAAAUGAGAACAGGAAUAUGUGAUAUGGUUGCAAUUGCAAAGCUCAUGAAUGCCACUCUGGUUCUUCCUUUACUUGAUCAUGAAUCCUUUUGGACAGAUCCCAGCGACUUCAAAGAUAUUUUUGACUGGAGGCACUUCAUGAAUGUUUUGAAAGACGACAUUGACAUAGUCGAGUAUGUUCCUGCCGAGCAUGCAAAUGUUAAACCGCUUAUGAAGGCUCCUGUUUCCUGGUCAAAGGCUAGUUAUUACAGAAACGAGAUUUCCAAGUUGUUGAAGCGACACAAGGUCAUACAUUUUACUCACACAGAUUCCAGACUUGCCAAUAACGGCCUUGCUUCUCAUAUUCAGAAGCUCAGAUGUCGUGCCAAUUACGAAGCUCUCAGGUACUCACCAGAGAUUGAAGAGCUUGGAAAAAUUUUGGUCAACAGGCUAAGAUCCAAUAACGAACCAUAUAUUGCCCUUCAUUUAAGAUAUGAGAAAGACAUGCUGGCCUUUACCGGAUGCAGUCAUAACCUCACAGCAGAGGAGGCUAUGGAACUCAAGACUAUGAGGUAUGAAACUAAGCACUGGAAGGAGAAAGAGAUCAAUGCCAUUGAAAGACGAUUGCAAGGGGGGUGCCCUAUGUCCCCUAGAGAGGCGACCAUUUUUCUCAAAGCCAUGGGCUACCCUUCUACAACAAAAAUCUACAUAGUUGCAGGGCCGAUCUAUGGAAGAAACAGUUUAGAUGCCUUCCGAUCUGAGUACCCUAACGUAUUCACUCAUUCAACCCUGACAACAGAGGAAGAACUGGAGCCCUUCAAACCAUAUCAAAAUCGCCUUGCUGCAUUGGAUUACAUUGUUGCCCUGGAAAGUGAUGUCUUUGUCUACACUUAUGAUGGAAAUAUGGCUAAGGCAGUGCAGGGCCAUAGGAGGUUUGAGGGAUUCAGGAAGACUAUAAAUCCUGACAGAUUAAGAUUUGUAAAACUGAUUGAUAAGCUGGAUAAGGGUGCUAUAUCUUGGGAAAAAUUUUCUUCCAAGGUUAAAGAUAUACAUUCAAACAGGGUAGGUGCACCUUAUCUCAGACAGCCAGGUGAUUCACCAAGGACAGAGGAGAGCUUUUUCGCUAAUCCCUUCCCAGGUUGUAUCUGUGACCAGUCUCAGGAGCUGCUUACAAGACUUAAACUUGACCAAAGCCGGAAGCUUAGUCUUAAAACCCAAAGAGGGUAACUGGAUUUUGGUAUGACUAGCCCAAGAUGAUAGAUUUACGCCAGUGCCUAAAAAGGCAGCAGUACAUCACUUGAGGUGGCAAUGUGCUUUCCUUAUUCAGGCUAGUUAUUUUGGUUAAUGUGCCACGGAAGGAUCGAAGGACAUAUGGGGCUUUUGCCAUACGAUUCAAAAGAGACGAAUUUUGGUUGAUGCAAACCGAAUGGGGAAAAGAUUUAUAGGCGAAGGAGGAAAGUAGAGGGGGCUGUGUAUAAUUUAAGGAGGUUAGUUUAUACUUGGGAGAUAGACAUCUAGCAGAAGGGAGUAUUGUCCCACUGAUUCAUUGAUUCUUUAUUGGAAAAGGGGGGUGUUGAAGUUGCAAAUUGAUUGCAAUUCUGCUUUUUAAUUUUUUUCCCGUACAGUUUAGCUUAGGAGAUUAGAUUCAUACGUUCCAUUUGAUGCUUGUUCAUAAUUUUCCCUUCGUUUUUGGAUGGAGACGCCCGUGAUUGCCGGUUGGUUCCAAUAUACAGUAAUUUCAUCAGUUUUUUCUCCUAUUCUUCAUUGC